UCCAAAUGCAAUUAUAACCGAUCAAGACCGGGCAAUGCAAAAUGCAAUUCAAAUUGUAUUCCUGGAAACAAGGCACCGUUGGUGUUUGUGGCAUAUCAUGAAAAAGUUACCUGAAAAAAUGGGUGGGUUUGCGGACAAAGAUCAAAUCAUGUUCAACAUUCAUGACCUAGUUUAUGAUUCACAGCACAAUACAGAGUUUGAGACAGGUUGGGAAGCUAUGCUCCAAAGGUUUUCUCUUCACCAUGAUGAAUGGCUGGUCGUGAUGUACAACGAACGUCAUCGUUGGGUCCCGUGUUACUUGAAACCGUAUUUUUGGGCAGGUAUGUCAACCACUCAAAGAAGUGAAAGCAUUAACGCCUUCUUUGAUGAGUAUGUUCAUUCUAAAACUAGUCUCAAACAGUUUGUGGAUCAAUAUGGGCGUGCUUUGAGAAAGAAGGUUGAAAACGAAUUUCAAGCCGAUGGCCUUUCUUUGACUAAAAUGAUUCCAUGUGUUACGUCGUUCGCAAUUGAAAAACAAGUGCAAGGUGUUUACACCAUAGCCAAGUUCAAAGAGUUUCAAACCCAAUUAGUUGAUCAAUUGUAUUGUUAUGUCAUACCUAUGAUGGAUGGUAAGACAUAUGAAGUCAAAGAGAAUCGUGUCAUUAAUGGGUUUGAUAAGAGUUGGACCUUCAUGGUUGAGUAUGAUAUUUCUACAUCUAAAGGAAUGUGUAGUUGCCACUUGUUCGAGUUUCGAGGCAUUUUGUGUAGACAUUUUCUUAUGGUGGCACUAAGAUAUCAAGUCAAAGUGUUGCCUGAUUCUUACAUACUACCGAGGUGGCGUCGAGACAUCAAAAGAGCAUACACACGAGUGAAGAUCAACUACGAUGGGUGGAUUACUACGGUCGAACAAGAAAGAUUUGAUAAAUUGUGUACGACAUUUGAGACCCUUGCAAACACCAUUGCUGAUGAUCCCGAAAAAUGCAAGAACGUAAUGGUGUGGCUAGAACGGCAAUUGGAACAACAUAAACCCGCUCCUCCUUGUCAUUCCUCUAUAUGUGGUGUGUUGACACCGUUACCGGUACCGGAAAGUAGUGUGCAUGCGGAAGUACCACAACAAAUUUAUAACCCAAAGUCAGCAAAACGGAAAGGUGCUCCCAAGAAAAAAUCGUUUGAAGGGGCCUCUGGAAAAGGAAAAAUCCAAGUCAAAGCCAAGUGCGCACAAUAAACGAACCAGAAAAGACAUUGGUGGACAGGAGUACGCUGGAGAGGGGUUCACGUGACAGCCGUACACUGAAGAGGGAUACGUUGGAGAGGGGUACCAUGGUCAAUAUGAUUUGGGUGUAGUCAACAAUAGUAUGACACUACAAUAUCAAGACGGUUUAGAUUUAAAUCUCACUCUCUUUUGAGACAUUUACUUAUUUUAAAUACUUAUAUUUUAAAUACAUUUGAAUGUUAUGUAUUUUUGUUUGGUGUAGUCAACAUAGUUUAUUUCCAAC